AAUAUUUAAAAAAUGGAAGCCUUGGACCCUUGUAAAACUUAUGAAAGGUGGACAAUAGAGGAUGUAUGAAGUUGGCUUGAGAACACAGUUUCUUUACCUCAAUAUAAAACUAUCUUCGCUGAACUAGCAAUUGAUGGGUCACUUCUUCCUCAUAUUCUUGAUGAUGACUUACAGAAUGAUUUUUCUAUUAAAAUCAGGCUACACAGAAUUAAGAUAAUUGAAGCGAUCAAGAAGCUAAAUAGUGAAUCCCGUAAAAUAGAGGAAGAAUUUGCUUCUAAGUUAAAUAUUGGGGAUCAAGAUAUCCAUUCUGAAGAAGAAAAAGAGAGUAAGUAUUUCAUCUUAAUGCUCUGUUAUCGAAGAGUCAGAUGAAGACUUGCAACGUCUGAGGGAUCAUGAAGGCAGGGUUACCCCCGAUAGAG